GGAGAUUGGAACCAGAAGCAAACCAGUAGAAAACUAAAACAACAAAUCUAGAUUAUAAAAAAAAAUGGCAAUAACAAUGGAGAAGAGAACGGUAAUGAUGAUGGUGUUUAUGUUGAUCGUGAUUCUGGCGUGGCAGAAGGAAUGCCAUGGAUGGGGAGCAGAAACAGCAGACGAAAUGGUCAGAAAUGAAUCAGAGCAUGCUAAAAACGCUGCUGAAACCGCCACAAACAUGGCGGCUAAGGCAACUCGUGAUGCCAAGGACAAAACUGCAUCUUGGACUGGUUGGGUUUCUGAUAAAAUCUCCACAGGAUUGGGAAGCAAGAAAGAUGAAGCAAAAGAAGCGGCCGAAUCUGCAAAGAACUACGCUUAUGACAAUGCUGGUUCCGCCUAUGACAAUGCAGGAUACGCCAAGGAGAAGAUCAGUGAGAAAAUCAGUGAUGCAAAGGAUGUGGCCUAUGACAAAGCGGUUCAAGCCAAGGAUAUGGCUUCCGACAAGACUGGAUCAGCCUAUGACAAGGCCGGUCAAGCCAAAGACAUAGCAUACGACAAGGCUGGUCAAGCAAAGGACAUGGUUUAUGAUACCGCAGGAUCAGCCUACGACAAAGCUAGUCAAGUCAAGGACAUGGCUUACGAUAAAGCAGGAGCAGCCUAUGACAAAGCCGGUCAAGCCAAGGACAUGGCUUACGACAAAGCAGGAGCAGCCUACGACAAGGUUGGUCAAGCCAAGGAUAUGGUAUACGACAAAGCAGGAUCAGCCUAUGACAAUGCCGCUCAAGCCAAGGACAUGGUCUAUGACAAGGCGGCUCAAGCCAAGGACAAGGCCGCCCAAGCCAAAGAUAUGGCCUACAACAAGGCUGGUCAAGCCAAGGAUAUGGUCUACAACAAGACCGGAUCAGCCUAUGACAAGGCAGGUGAAGCCAAAGAGAUGGCCUAUGACAAGGCAGGUCAAGCCAAAGAUAUGGCCUAUGACAAGGCUGGUCAAGCCAAAGAUAUGACCUUCGACAAAGCAGGAUCAGCCUAUGACAAGGCUGGUCAAGCCAAAGAUAUGGCCUAUGACAAAGUCGGCCAAGCCAAGGACAUUGUGUAUGACAAAGCUGAUGAUGUGAUUAGAAUGGCUACGGAUAAGAGUGAUGAAGCUAAAGACAGGUCCAAGAAUGCUAAGGACGUUUCAUUUGAAAAAGCUCAUCAUGUUAGAGAAACUGGAGGGCAAGCGAUGGACUAUGGUAAAGACAAAGCAGCAGGCGCGUACGGUUUAGGAAAUGAAGCUGCCGGAAAAUUAGAGGAGGAAAUGUACAAGGUUGGGGAAAGGUAUGGUGCAGCAAAAGAUUCAAUGUCGGAGAAGGCAAAAGAAGAUUAUGAGAGUGCAAAGGAGAAGGCUUCUGAGGCUACUGGAGAGCACGGUGCAUAUUUAAGAGACCAUAGUGGUGAGCUUUAGAGCAUCAAUAUUGGGGGGGUUUUAAGAGAGCCCUUAAGGGAGAAGGGGAGGGGACCAAUGCAAAAAAUGAAGAAAAAGCCCUUAUUUAAGGGCUGCCCUUACACAGCCCUUAAACAUUCAUGACCAAAAAAAAAAAAAAAAAAAAGGAAAGAUUGGGGACUUUGUGGAAGGACACCAAUAAUGAUGGUCUUAGAACCGGAUGAAGGAUGGAGACUUCAGAUCUUUUUCGUGAAAUAAGUCUCAUAUACAUGGAACUUCUUUGUUUUAGUUGCAAAUGCAUUCUGACUUAAGUUUGUACUAGAUUUUGACCCGCGCUUCGAAAGCGCGGGUAUUAUUUUUUACUUUUAUGAAAUAUAUUAUUUGUUUGUAAUUAUUGAACAUAUUUAUUUUAGUAAAAUUUUCUUUAUAAUAAAUUUGACACACAUAGUGUCUCUGGUAAACUAUGUGUUUCUCUAACUUUGUUUUA